CUGCUAUUUUUGUUGAAAAACCCAUUAAUUGGGUUUUUGUUUCUACAAUAUCUGACCUUUUCUGGUUAUUAAAAUCCAAACUUGGGAAUUGUGGAGUGGGGGAGUGUUGAAGAACCGUAUGAAGUAGAAGGGAAACAAUGAGAGAUGAGAACUCUAAGAGAAGCAAGCUCUCAUGGUCCAAGAAACUGGUCAGAAAAUGGUUCAAUAUCAAGAGCAAAACUGAGGACAUUCAGGCAAAUGAUCAUGUUUAUGGAGGGGGUGAAGCGGGGUGCAGGACUAGUUUCUCAGAGGGGGAGCCUUGUGCAAUCAAAAAGAGCAAAACAGAGAAAUUUAGCAAGAGUACAGAGCAAGGCCGGCGAGGGAGAAUGAAUCUUGAUCACCCUCGAAUCAUAGAUGUGCAGAAUUACAGCAUUUUUGUAGGCACAUGGAAUGUGGCUGGAAGAUCCCCACCAGGUAAUUUGAGUCUAGAAGAUUGGCUUCAUGCAUCACCUCCUGCAGAUAUCUAUGUUCUUGGGUUUCAGGAGAUAGUUCCUUUGAAUGCUGGGAAUAUUCUCGGUGCAGAAGACAAUGGUCCUGCCAAAAAGUGGUCGAAUCUCAUUAGAAGGACCCUAAACAAUCUGCCUGGAACUAGUGGAGGUGGAGUAUGCUAUACACCAUCUCCAGUUCCUCAUCCAAUUGUUGAGAUGAAUGCUGAUUUUGAGGGGUCAUCUAGGCAAAAGAAUGCAUCUUUUUUCCAUCGCCGGUCAUUCCAAACAACUAAUAGCUGGGGAAUUGACAGUGACCCUUCAAUUUCACAACCAAGACUUGAUAGACGGUUUAGUGUUUGUGAUCGGGUAAUAUUUGGUCACCGGUCGAGUGACUAUGACUCCAGUUAUAGAUGGGGACACAGACCUAGUGAUUAUUCUUACAGGCCUAGUGAUUAUUCUUAUAGGCCUAGUGAUUAUUCUUACAGACCUAGUGAUUAUUCUCACAGAGCUAGUGAUUAUUCCCACAGACCGAGUGAUUAUUCUCGGCCAAGUGAUUAUUCUAGGCCUAGUGAUUACUCUAGAUGGGGUUCAUCCGAUGAUGAUAAUGGCAUGGGGGAUUCCCCUAGUACUGUCUUAUACUCACCAAUGUCCCAUGGUGGAUCCGCUUCCAAUGAAAAUGGACAUAGGAUCCCAGGCAAUUCAAGAUACUGUUUAGUGGCCAGUAAGCAAAUGGUUGGUAUAUUCCUCACAGUUUGGGUGAAAAGUGCGUUAAGAGAUCAUGUUAAAAACAUGAAAGUAUCUUGUGUUGGCAGGGGAUUGAUGGGAUACCUUGGAAAUAAGGGAUCUAUCUCUAUCAGCAUGUUGGUGCAUGAAACAAGCUUUUGCUUUAUCUGCAGCCAUUUAACCUCGGGACAAAAAGAUGGUGAUGAGCUGAGGAGGAACUCUGAUGUGAUGGAGAUUAUUAAGAAGACAAGGUUUCCACGGGUUCGUGGUGCAGCCGCUGAGAAGUCCCCUGAAACAAUUCUUGAGCAUGAUCGAAUCAUUUGGCUUGGUGAUUUGAACUACCGUAUUGCCCUCCCUUAUCGAUCUGCCAAGGCACUAGUUGAGAUGCAGAACUGGAGGGCAUUGUUAGAAAAGGACCAGUUACGACUAGAGCAGAAACGUGGGCGCGUCUUUGUGGGAUGGCAUGAAGGAAAGAUUUAUUUCCCUCCAACAUACAAGUACUCAACUAAUUCAGACAGAUAUGCAGGAGAUGAUAUGCACCCAAAGGAGAAACGUCGAACUCCAGCUUGGUGUGAUCGAAUAUUAUGGCAUGGAGAAGGCCUCCACCAGUCAUCUUAUGUUCGUGGAGAAUCUAGGUUCUCAGAUCAUAGACCAGUGUAUGGUAUAUUUUGGGCUGAGGUUGAGUCAACUCAAAGCCGAUUGAAGAGAACCACAAGUUGCUCUAGUUCUAGGAUUGAGGUAGAGGAGCUUUUGCCUUACACACGUGGGUUCACAGAACUAAGCUUUUUUUAAGGAUGAGGGAAAGAUAAUUCCCCCAAUUCAAAUUUCAGUGUGUUUUUGUGUCUGGUAUGGAUUGCAACACAAAUCAAUCAGGAAUCAUUUUGAAGAUAUUCAUUCUCAAGGGGUGAUGGUGACAUUCCCUUACUCACUGACAAAAAUUAAAGGUGUAAAUUUUGUAAUUGGUUGUCAACUAAUUCCACAGUUCACUAACUCACCCUUCUCAAUCAUCAUAUCAAGUUAACUUACAGAAUACCAAUUUCCUUACAAGGCAUUGUUAAGUUGCCUGAUUAACAAACAACCACCACCUUUUCGGCAUCUCAAAAUUUCCACACCAGCACUGGCAAUUCUUCACAAUGAUGAGGGACUCAUGUGUUGGGAAGCCGCCAAGUGGAUACACAAGGAUUAUUUGAUUCAUGAUUCUUUUAUUGGUUCAAAGAGUGUUUUAUGAGUGGAUGAAGGUGUGAAGGAUGGCUGCAGACAAUCAUUUUGUUACUUUUUAACUUUGUGUUUUAAAUGCAAAUGCAAAGUGGUGACGGUGAGGAAAUUAUGAAUACUUAUUGCUGAAGUGAUAGACAAGGAAUGUAAAGGAAUUGAAGUGAAGCAAUGAUAGAAAUCAGAAUGUUUCUUUUCUCCUACUUUUGCUUAUGAUUUUACCGAAAAAAGAGAGUGCCCUUGA